AUGGGAAGUCCAAAGCCUUUGAAGAUUACGGGAACGAAGCCAUGCAAAUGCAAGAUGAAUCUUGCAAAAACAAGAUGGUUACCGUCAUCUAAGGAUCUCUCGAGGAAUGCACUUUUCCUGCAGCAGCUGCGUUCUGCUGUUGUGCCGUUUACGGCUGCGGAUCUCAAGAAGGUCCAAUCUAUUGACUCCUAUUCACCGACUGAGCACUCUGAAUCGUAUUGCCCUCGUCGCAACCGUGUUUCCUUGAAAAAUGAGUUAUGUCUCUCGUUUAUUCCCACCGUACUACAAAUACGCGGUGUUUCUAUUCGUCGGAUUUCAAUUUCUCUACUGUGCCUUCGUACUCGCAAUAAGUGA